AUGCAGGUGCUCAUAGAAACGGUGGAUGGCGUGGUAGUGCAGAAGGACAGUCCUGCAGACGACCACAUUGACAACCUGACCGAAGCAAAUUCAACCACUCGUGUUCAGCUGGGCGAGCCUUAUAAUCUGCCCUGUCUACGAGAGCUGUUCCGAUUCCUAACUACUUUGAUUGACCCCAAAGACCCCGACAAUACGGAUGGCAUGCUGCGAUUAGGUAUUCAGCUGCUAACUGUGGCUGUAGAGGUUGCUGGUCCUCUUUUCCCCGAGUUCCCCACACUUCUGGGGCUGCUUUCCAAUGAGAUGUGUCGCUAUAUGUGCGCUGUGACCAGUACAGGCUCGUUGACUCUCUUCACAUUAGCAGCCAGACUGGGAUUACUGACAUUCCAGACACUCCGUAUACAUAUCAAAUUCCAGCAAGAGCUGUUCUUGGACCUCCUGAUGAAGCGG